CUUCAACGAGAGGGGAUAAAACGAAAACUUCUCCUCCAAUUCAAUAUCUUUUAAUUUCAAUUAUAAAAAGAAAUUGAGGCCACCCAAAAUAGGUGGGAGACGGAUAGGAAACAGAGAGCAGAGGGAGAUCGUGAAUAGAGAAGUGCCGGCCUAGGGUUCCGACCCUAGGUCGGCGAUGACACUUCCGGCAGUCCGACGGCAACCAUUCCGGCAGCAGCCAUGGAUUCCGAGCACGGCGAUGACUGGCGGCUCAAGGUCGGCAUCUGGUUCCGGCUUCUGUGCACCAUCCGAAGAAGACACUUCCAGGGAACAUUACUUUUACUAUUCAAUUUGAUUUUCUAUGAAUUAGGAUCUUGAAUUUGUUUAAUUUCAAAAUUGAUGAAUUUGAUUUCCAAUAUUAAAUAUGUUAUUUUCAAAUCUUAUUUUUGUGUUAAAUAUUUAAGUUAUAUUAUAAGUGAUGAAUGUUUGUGUGUUGAUGUUGAAUUGUCCAAAUAUGAUUUUAUGAUUUAUUAUUGUCUCUGAAAUUAUAAAAUCUUCUUAGGCCAAAUUGUUUGAUAAAAAAGAUUGAAUCUUUGUUUAUUGGAUUAAUUUGACUUUGAAGAGAUUUUAGAUCCAUGCUACUAUUAAACCUAAACUCGAGAAGGUGUUCUGAGAACUAUUAUUCACCAGAUUUUACUUAAAUUGGACCAAAUUAGGAUCACGACUUAAUCCAGUUUAAAUUGAUAUUCUUUUGAAGUGCAAAGUGCUUUAAAUAGCCGAACUUUUCUAGAAACUAAGUGUCACUUGAUUAGUAUUUGCUGCCUCGUUAAGUGGUUUUUGCUAAUCAAGGUUCUCGAACAGAUUUUGUUAAAUAAUCGUAGUGUUACUGCAAAGUUGUUAUGGUGAUGUUUUCCAUAAAUCUUAAUGCGUUAUUCUUAGUAGUAACUUAAGGGUUGGUCUUUGGGUUGCUAAGGGUAGUAGGGUUUAGAGUUAGGGUUGGUCUUAACAUGAGCUAAUAUGAAUGGGAAAAUAGGGAAGAACCGUUGGUGGACCUCUUCUUCAGCCUAACCCUGAGUUUAAUUAGCAGUUUAAUUUCAGAAUCAAGGCAUAAUUAAUUACUUAUUUAUAUUUGUUCAGUUUAUUUUCUAUUAAAAACUAUACAUAUUUUCAAAAAUGGUUUAAGUUAAUUAUUAUUGUCUACGUUUUUAUAAAGUUUAUUGUGUGAUUGUUUUUGUGUGUUUGUUUUCUCCCUGAGUGUUCUUCUGAGUUCGAGUUGCUGUUGUGGUUCCAUCUCUUAUCUUGACAAAGUAAACUGAUUUUCAUAACAAUAAAAGUAUCUUUCCUCGUGGGGUCGACCCUUACUUGCCCUAUCUAUAUGUUUUAAUUAAUAUUAAUUCAUAAAGGGGGAUUUUAGUUAAGGAAAAUAAUAAAUUAAUUUGUAGGUGCUACGACACGCCUAUCAAAUUUUGGCGCCGUUGCCGGGGAAAGAUCAACUUUUUUUGGAAUUCAGUUUGCUAUGUUUCAAACAAAACAAAUUAACCUCAAAGAUGUGUCUGUUGUUAGUGUCUCUGGUUUUAAGUUAUAGUCUUUGAAUUCACUUAACACUAACUUGGAGUUUAGGAUUUAAUUUUUUUUAUCUGACCUUUCUGAAUUUUUCUAUUACUUUUCUAACUUAAGUCUGUAUAUUAAAAGUAAUCUAGAACUAACAAAAAAAAUCAGUAGGCCCAAGUAAUAAAAAUAUUCAGAACUUUAAACAACUUAUUCUUGCUCUUGUUUUGUCUCUUUUAAAUUUUUCCUUGUUGAAGUUCAGGUUUUAAAUAGCUAAAUAGAUGGGAUAUUAAUGAACUUCUUAUGCCAAUUGCAGACGGAAACUUCUUUCCAGAGAGAAAAAGAACAAAGCUAUGCAUAUUUACAUGCAAGACUCACGUUCCAGAAUUGGAACAAAUUGUAGUGCAACAUGCCGGAGAACCUGAUUUCAAGUCUGAUUGCAUGGGCCAAAGUAAAUUAUCACGGAGAUCAUCACGAACAAACACAGUGAAACAUUACUGAGGGGAUGGUCGUCAAGUUCCCCCGCAAACAAUGCUGCAGUUUUAGAGUCUCAUGAUCCGUAGAAAGAGUUGCAUUACUUCAUGUUGGGGUAUCCCUCCUACAUGGAGGAAGGAGUUCCUAAACAAUACAUUUAGUGUUCAAAUGUAAUUUGUUUAGAGGUGGAGUAAUAUAAUAAUAAUAAUAAUAAUAAUAAUAAUAAUAUUUAUUAUUAUUAUUAUUAUAAAAGAAAAAAAAAAGAAUGUGAAUGGUCAAAGUGGGCUGCCACUUAUUUGAAAUGGCAGUAGCCUUUUUGAGGCUAAAAAAGGUCACGGGCAGAAGGUGAACAACCGUAGAAACAGAGAGGAAAAUAGAGAGAACCGAGAGAGAAAAGAAGAGAGAAAAAGUGGGGCAGCAGUCCGGGUUUUUGCUCCGAUCGACGACCAAACGAGCUCCGAUCGGGAUGAAAUUUUAGUAUGUUGUUCCUGACAUCCUCUUCUUCAUACCCAAUGGUGAGAUUGUUGUUUUGACCUCUCGAUGUCGGUAAAAUUGCCUCUGGUUCUCUGCUGCGUUUUUAUGUGGUUUUCUCACUUUUGAGUGAAGAUUAUUGUUGUUUGGUGUUCCAAGUUGUUGCUUGAUGAUUGUGUAUACCUCUAAUUGGUUUAGAGAUGAUUCUUGGUGUACCCACUGAUUUUUCUUGGUGAUUAGUGGAAGGCUUCGUGGUUUUUUCCCCGAUUUGGGGUUUCCACGCUGUGAGAUUAUGGCCGGACGAAGGACGAGACGUAACCCUGCUACUUCUGCCCAGUCGACGGUGAGGAGUGACAACCCUGAACAGGGUAUGAUUGUUCCUGUCAAUGGGUUGGAAAUGGCGCUAAAUAAUGUGGCUAACAUGAUGGCCAACAUUAUGGAGCGAUUGGAUAAGGCUCUUCCAGGUCCAUCCGGAACCCGGGAUAUCCCUGCCGGGCAACCCCGCCAGGUCCUACGUACUGCGAGUUCUCCUAUCCUACAGGAGCUCCAUGAUUCGGAGGAGGUUGAAAGGGAAAGGCGAGCCAUUGACAGACGCCGGGCGGAGGAAUUGGCCCGGAAUAACAAGGUGAACGAAGGCCAGGCUAAGGAUCCAAGCCGGAUCUUCGGUGAUGGACACGAAAACUCGCGUGGAUCUGUCUUUGAAAGGAUAUCUCGCCAGAAAGCUCACGUUAGUGAGAGGCUGGGGAAGAAUCCGGAAAAGGCACCCCAGGGUUGGAUACGACCCCAAGCCAUCCAGGUGGCAUCUUCCAAUCGUGAACCCCGGCAGCGAAACGACCGAGGCACGAGCCAAGUGCCGGUCCGGUCAUUACGGAAUCUGGAGGAGGACGAGGUUCAAAGCCAAGCCAGGGUCCCAGCACCACGGCGUCUGGGACCGUCGGUGCUGGAAGCUGGUGAAUUUCAAGACCUGAGACAGCAGAUCCAGGAGAUGCAGAGGAAGAUAAACAAAGGUCGAGUAUUCACCACCCGUACGAAUACUCCUUUAGCCCCGGAGAUCUUUGCGGAACCAUAUCCGCAGGGGUUCAAGAUGCCAUUUGUUAAGCGUUAUGAUGGGGAGUCAGACCCCCAAGAGCACAUAAAUAGCUAUGUCCAAGUGAUGAUCGCUGUAGAUGCCAGUGAUGCACUCAUGUGUCGGUGUUUCUUGGAGACUGUAGAUAGCAAGGUCGCGGAUUGGGUCAACCAUAUCCCUGCCGGAUCGAUCCGGACAUGGGAUGAAUUGGGACUGCGGUUCCUAGAGCAUUUCGCUAGGAACUGCCGUACCAAAAAGCAUUUCACUCACUUGGCAUCAGUGCGACAGAAGCAUGGUGAAUCCUUGAAGAAUUUCCUUAUCCGAUGGAGGAAAGAGUCCAGGGAGGUUGAAGGAACUGAUGAUAAAUCCAGGUUGGCUAUGUUCACGGCGGCAUUACAGGAUGGACUCCUUCACACCGAUCUCACUACUCAUCCCCCGGAUACCUUCGAAGAAGCGAUGGUCCGGGCAGGGAGGUACGUGACCCUAGAAGAAAGAAAGGAGGAGAAGAAGGAGAAGACUCCUAAAGAAGAAGAGAAGACGGGGAAUAAGAAGCCGUUCAAGAAUAAGAAGCAAGGCUUCCCGGACGGCCCAAAGGGUGCAAGUCCGGGGACCUCGGAGAAGCAUAAAUCUGCCAACCCGGUCUUCACAUUGCCAGUGGCUGAGGUCAUGGCCCAUGCUGCACAGCAGGGACUUAUGACUUACCCAACCUAUUCUCAGAAGGUCUGCAAUGUGGAAGACACUGGAAAAUGGUGUGCCUACCAUCGCAAGAAUGAUCACAACACGGAAGAUUGCUACACUCUGAAGAAUGAGAUGGCAAGGCUGAUCCGCCGGGGUCAUCUGAAGAAAUUUGUACAAGAUGGUGACACCGGGAAUCCCGAAAAUGCUCAGAAUGGGAAACGUAGAGAUAAAGAAGUGGCCCAAGCUGAGGCCCGGGAGAAACGCCACAUCGGGCUUGAAGACAAAGAGGAGGAUUCGGAACCCGCACCGCAUCGCCAGAAGAGACACCACGGGUGUAAUUUCAUCAUUGGAGGGAAUACUGGUGGGGACUCGGCCACAAGCCGGAAGAAGUGGGCUAACGCGGCAGUGGUCAACAAGGUGCUGGUCCCGGAAGGUAAGAAGUUGAAAACCGAGCCUAUUGUAUUUUCUAAUGCUGAUCUUCCAGAGACAUGGGUCACUCAUAGGGACGCCCUGGUAAUUACUAUUGAUAUAAUGGACUUACUGAUCCACAAAACCCUUGUGGAUACGGGAAGCUCCGUUAAUAUCAUGUAUAUGGAUACAUACAAGGCUCUCGGUUUGACAAGAGAUGAAUUAUCACCCAUCAAGACUCCACUGACCGGGUUCACUUGUGAUUCUAUUGAACCGGAGGGGGUGAUAACCCUCUCGGUUGAGAUAGGGGAUACUAAGGCUACCCGGAAGUUGGACAUGGAGUUUGUCGUGGUGGGGAUAAUUUCCAGCACGAACAUUAUCUUGGGCAGACCCGGAUUGGAAGAUUUGGAGUGUGUUAUCUCACCUCGUCACCUGUGCAUAAAAUUCCCAACCCCCCAUGGAGUUGGAAUUGCCAGGGGAUCGCCGAGAGUGUCCCGGGCAUGGUAUUUGAAGGCAACCAAACAGCCGGUCAAGUACGAUACCCAAGUAGGAGAAGUGACUGCGCAGCUCCUGAGGGCAGAGGAAAAACGUCCUAGAGUAGAAGUUGCCGGCGACAUUGAAGAGGUGGAACUAGAGCCAGGCACGCCGGGAAGGUUUGUCAGGAUUGGUAAGGGGCUGGGGGCUGAACUCAGGUCACGAGUGAUUUCAGUCCUUAAGAGGUUCAGAAGGGUCUUCGCAUGGAGUCCAGCUGAUAUGCCAGGGCUGGAUCACAAGAUAGCAGUUCAUCGCCUAAAUGUGCUGCCGGAUGCUAAACCAGUGAAGCUGAAACGAAGGCAUUUAUCACAGGAAAGAAGAGAUUUUGUAAAGAAGGAAGUAGCAACCUUGCAGAGCAUUGGGCACAUCCGGGAGGCUCACCGGAUUAUUGUGCUCACCAAUGAGCCUUUGGCAUCACUUACCCGAAGCCCCGCGGCUUCUGCCCGGAUGACCAAGUGGGCGGUCUUUAUUAGUCAAUACAACGUGGAAUUCAGGCCGCGCCCAUCCAUCAAGGGGCAAGCACUCACCGACUUUCAAGUCGAGUGCACCGCUAGAGAAGUGACAAGAGCCCAGGCUGAAACCCGGGUGGAAAAGGACUGGUGGAUAAUGAGCAUCGAUGGAUCUUCUGGGUCUCGAUCUUGCGGAGCAGGUAUCGUCUUGAUCACCCCAGAAAAAUUCCGGAUUUAUUACGCUAUCAGAUUUCAGUUCCGUGUGUCCAACAAUGAAGCCGAAUAUGAGGCCCUGAUCAAUGGAUUGAAGAUUCUUAGUAAGAUGGGAGUAUCCAGGGUUCAGGUCUACAGCGACUCCCGACUAGUGGUGGGACAAAUCACAGGGGAAUUUGAAGCAAAGGAAGAAAGGAUGAGAAGGUAUCGGAACUUGUCUUUAGAGAUGUUGGGGAGGUUUGAGUUUAAGCUGGAACAUAUACCCCGGGCCCAGAACGCAGAGGCCGAUGUUCUAUCCAAGCUCAGUGCGGAAUCGCCGGAAUACAUGAGCAAAUUGGCAACCAUCGAAGAGCUGGCCCCAGAGGAUCCCCAAGAAGCACGUCUAUUGCGAGUGAGGGCACCUACCUACAAGGUACUAGAUGGAAUCCUCUAUAAGCGAUCCUACAACGGUGUCCUACUCCGUUGCCUCCAGGCAGCGGAGGCAAAGGCACUAAUGGAGGAGAUACAUGAAGGAGUAUGUGCUGCACAUCAGGGUCCUUACUCCAUUUCUAGAAGGGCUAUCAUCCAGGGAUACUUCUGGCCAACAAUGAGGAAGGAUUGUGAAGAGUAUGUACGCAAGUGCCCGACCUGCCAACAAUUUCAGAGUAUACCCGGGAGGCCAGCCACGAAUUACACGCCCAUCAGCUCCGUGAUUCCCUUUUCGAGAUGGGGGAUCGAUCUUGUGGGAGCCCUGCCAAAAGGGGCAGGGCAAGCAAGGUGGAUUGUGGUUGCGAUAGACUAUUUCACAAAGUGGGUGGAAGCUGAGCCACUUGCAGGGAUCACCGGGAGGCAGAUGAUUGACUUCGUCGGAACCAAUAUACUCUGCAGAAUAAUCAUAGACGGAAUAAAGAAGAAGCUACUUUCAGAAGGAAGCAAAUGGGUAGAUGAACUGCCCAGGAUCCUGUGGACAUACAGGACGACUCCAAGGAGAGCCACGGGUGACACUCCUUUUGGAUUGGCUUAUGGUUUUGAAGCCCGGGCUCCCGCUGAGGUAGUAAUCCCCACCAGAAGAGAAAUGGAAUACGACCCGGUGGUGAACGAACAGAAUCAGGCCGUAGAGCUGAAUUUCGUUGAAGAACGAAGGGAUGAAGCACGGAUCCGGGCAGAAAAUUAUCGUUGCCAGGUGAAAUCUUACUUUGAUAGCAAGGUGAAACCAAGGGCAUUCCAGGUGGGGGAUUAUGUUCUAAGGAAACGAGGAAAAAGUCAACCAACUAAGGGAGGGAAGCUGGCGAAGAAGUAUGAAGGACCUUAUAUCAUCAAGGCCGUUGUUCGCCCAGGUACCUACAAGUUGGUGACUCCCAAGGGGAAAGAAAUUGAUAGGACAUGGAAUGUAGAGCACUUGGUCAAAUUUUAUCAGUGAAUUAUUUUGUAAAAACGCUCUAUUUUUUGAAUCUAAGAUGCUUGUUUCAAUAACACUUUUCUUUUCUUUUAAUGCCAAUUGCCUUUGCAAUUUCAUUGUUCUAUAGAUUUCUUCAAAAAAAAAGGGGGGAAGCACCCCCGGGCAAUAUAGACCCGCGUUACUACAGGGAGGUAGAAAAGUUUAUGCCACCUGCUAAAAAUAGGGGAGGUAGAUAAGUUUAUGCCCCCCCCGGAGGUAGAAAAGUUUAUGCCUCCGUCAAAAAUGAAGGAAGGGUUGGGAU